AUGCUAUCUGUAAACAAUACAACAUUGGUGGAAGAUGAAAAUUCUGCUUUUCCAACAUAUGAAACGCCAUUGAGUCGAACAAUCAAAUUUCAUUGUUUACUUGUUUUUCAAAUUCUUUCGAUUUUAUGCAGCGCAAUCAUAUUUAUUUCUUUUGGUCGAAUGCGAGAACUACGAGCAAAACAACACAAUCAUAUUGUAAUUUGUCUAUUAGUUUGUAAUUUUCUUAUCAUAAGUAUUGAAUUACCAGUUACACUUAUUUAUAUUCAUUUUGGUCAACUGAUCCCAUCAUCAGACAAACUCUGUCUCUACUGGAUUUUUACAAAUUAUUUUCUUUUCACAACAAGUAUAUGGUUAACAGCUGUGGCUUCAAUUCAACGACAUAUUCUUAUUUUUCAUGCACAUUUGAUGAAUUCGCAUAUAAAACAUUAUACACCUAUUAUUCUACUGCCAAUUUCUCUCUGUAUUUGGUACAUUGUUCUUAUUUUCUUUUAUUCUUGUGAACAACACUUUGAUUAUACUCAACCCUGGUGUAUUGGUCCAUGUUAUACAUUUCAAAGUGUAAUAUCAACAGUUGACUGGAUAAUUGGGUCAUUUGUACCCGUGAUUUUAACAGUACAUACAAAUAUCGUACUUGUUGUACGAGUAGUUUAUCAAAAAUAUCGAAUGCAUCGUGGUCGUACUUGGCGUACGACACGUAAACUCGCUUUUCAACUAUUUUCAAUAUCUUUUCUUUUCCUUAGUAUUUAUUUGCCACUAAUUAUUAUUUCAUUAAUUCGCUUAUGGUUUAAUCCAACAUUUCUAAUGAUUUUUGGUAUACUCUAUAUUUCAUAUGCUGUUUAUCUAGUUCCAUUAUUAAUACCAUUUAUUUGUUUGAUAAGUCUUCCUGAAAUUGUUUUACAAAUGAACAAAUUUCUUUGUUUCAACAAUUAUGUCGAACCCGAACGGCCUCAGAACAUUCCUAUGACAAUAAGUUCAAGACGAAUCAAUCAAUAA